AUGGGAAUAAACAACAGUGGAAACCAUAAAAAAACCAAGUCUGGCGCGAAGCUUGGUAGAUUCUGCAAAAAGAGAAAAAACAGAAUGGGGAGGCAACCGUCCAACACUAGGGUGGGAGAGACAAGAAUAAGAGAAGUCCGAGUGCGAGGAGGAAACUUGAAGAUGAGGGCUCUUCGUCUCAACAGCGGAAAUUUCAAGCUUAUAAGUGCAAACUUUUCUGCAGAUUCUCCCAUUGAGCAGGUUGUAUACCAUCCCAGCUGCAACGAGUUGAUGAGGACCAAUACUCUUACGAAGAGUGCUGUAGUAAAGAUUAGCUCUGAGCCAUUCCUAGAGGAACUAAAGAAGACCGACCUUUCCGAGAAAGAUAAAGUACUAACAGCAAUGGCAAGCAAAGGAUUUUUCCUUGCUAUUAUUACCACCAGGCCAGGACAGGAGGGAAGUGCUAAUGGAUAUAUUCUUCAAGGUGAAGAGCUCGAUUUCUACCAGUCGAAGCUUAAGAAGGGUAAGAUUCUAGUUUAA